UCAUGCCUGCAAUUCACCCCAUGCCUGCAAUUCACCCCAUGCCUGCAAUUCACCUCAUGCCUGCAAUUCACCCCAUGCCUGCAAUUCACCCCAUGCCUGCAAUUCACCCCAUGCCUGCAAUUCACCCCAUGCCUGCAAUUCACCCCAUGCCUGCAAUUCACCCCAUGCCUGCAAUUCACCUCAUGCCUGCUAUUUACCUCAUGCUUCACGUGGAAUGGAAUUUAUUUAAACAAAAGAUGAAGAUCAUUUGAGUCCAGAUUCAGGCUUGGCCCAUCGUAGUAGGGACUCCUCCUUUGAAGAUGUCUACACAGCUAACGGAAGAUUAAGCCCCAUGAUGUAUCGCAUCCCAUCCGAUCCAUUCUCUAACUUACCCCCUCCCCCACCCUCCCUCCUAUGUGCAGCCAUCCACCAGCACUCCUCUGGCUACUACCAAAACCCCCAUGAGCCCUCUCCACCUCCUCCUCCUCCACCCCCUGGUAUCCCUAUCUACUCAGUCCCAGGCCACCUCCUCUCCCCUCAUCAACAGUUCAGGCCACCAAGGCGUCGCCUGGUCAGGCAAUACCGGACCUCCGUCUCCCCCACCCUACCAAUCCGCAUCAUCCCGCCCCCUCCCGAUUACCCCCCUGAGCCUCCCAUGAGCGAUACAUCCUCACCGUCGUCCAGCCAAUCCCCGCCCCUGCCUCCCCCACCCCCUUCCCCUCCCCCAUCACCCCCUCACAUGGCAAGUUUGCCCCGCCCAAGUCCAAGGCCCAUACCCCCUCCUCGACUCUCUGUGCAUGUCGAUUGAUGAUUGUCAUUGAUUAAUUUUCUCUCAUUCUACAGUUAGAUAAAUAAUACGUGUAUGUCAUUUCUUAAACAGACUGAUAAAAAUGAUUUUG